GAUUAACACCACCAUAGAGGCUGCGACUGGGCCCAUGUGGGUUUGACAGUAGAGAUGAAAGGGUGAGGUAGCGCGUCUGACGGGAAGGGAGCUCACCACCCGCCUAGGUAUUCACGGGACGGAUUUGGAGUGUGGUGGUUGGCACAGGCGGCGAGGAGGGGCUAGUGGCGGCCGUGGUGUGGCAGUGUAGCCCUUGACUGUGUCCCCGGCGGUCGCUUAUGUUCUCUCAUUCCUCACCAUGUUCUCCUGGCUCAGCAGAGAUGAUAUCAAGAAACGUCACUUACAGAUGUGCGAGUCGGUGCUGGAGGGCCUCAAGAUGGUCUACAAGAAUAAGGUCCUACCCCUAGAGUCUCACUACAAGUUUGAAGAUUUCCAUUCCCCUCCACUGAACGACACAGACUUCGAUGCCAAGCCCAUGAUACUUCUGGUGGGACAGUAUUCCACAGGCAAGACUACCUUCAUUCGGUAUAUCCUGGAGAAGGAUUUCCCGGGAAUACGCAUCGGGCCUGAGCCUACGACGGACAGCUUUGUUGUGGUGAUGUAUAACGAGAGAGACGGUAUUAUUCCUGGCAACGCCCUCGUGGUGGAUCCCAAAAAACCCUUCCGUCCUCUGUCAAAGUAUGGCAACACUUUCCUUAACCGAUUCCAAUGUUCUCACGUCAACUCCAACGUGUUAAAAGGUCUCAGCGUCGUCGACACACCCGGCAUAUUGUCGGGAGAGAAGCAAAGAGUCGACCGAGGCUAUGACUUCCAUUCUGUGCUUGAGUGGUUCGCGGAAAGGGUCGACAGGAUUAUCCUUCUGUUCGAUGCUCACAAACUUGACAUCUCUGACGAGUUCCGAUGCUUCCUAGAGCGUCUGAGAGGCCAACAUGAUAAAAUUCGCAUCGUGCUCAACAAGGCGGAUAUGAUUGACCAUCAGCAGUUGAUGAGGGUGUAUGGUGCUCUUAUGUGGUCAUUGGGCAAGAUCCUCAACACACCAGAAGUGGAGAGAGUCUACGUCGGCUCCUUCUGGAAUCAACCGCUCAGAUACGACAUCAACAGAUCAUUGUUUGAAGCUGAAGAGCAAGAUCUUUUCUCUGACUUACAAUCAUUGCCCCGUAAUGCAGCACUUAGGAAACUAAAUGAUCUCAUCAAACGUGCCCGGCUAGCCAAGGUUCAUGCAUACAUCAUCUCAGAGCUGAAGAAGGAAAUGCCUUCCAUGUUUGGCCGGGAAAAUAAAAAGAAAGAACUAAUCAAGAACUUAAGUGCAAUCUAUGAUAAGAUUCAACGAGAACACCAGAUCUCUCCUGGAGACUUCCCUGAAAUUAAAAGAAUGCAGGAACAAUUACAACAUCAUGACUUCACCAAAUUUAAUGUCAUGAAGCCACGACUAUUGGAAGCCGUAGACAGAAUGCUGGCAGAAGACAUUGCUCGUUUGAUGGCCAUGAUCCCUGUAGAAGAGGCUGCUUCCAACAAGGAAAAUACAGUCAUACGUGGUGGUGCCUUUGAUGGUGUUAUGAAUGAUAGCACUGUGUUUGGCUUCAAGAGAGGUGAAGGUGCCGAUGCAGGAGCAGGGGACCCUGAUUGGAUAGUGGCCAAAGAUCGUUAUAAGUACGAUCAACUCUUCGACAACCUCAACCCUGUUGAUGGCAAGAUAACUGGCUCAGCGGCUAAACACGAGAUGCUGAAGUCUAAGUUGCCCAAUUCUGUUCUGGGUAAGGUAUGGAAAAUGUCUGAUAUUGAUAAAGAUGGCAUGUUGGAUGCAGAUGAAUUUGCACUAGCCAUGCAUCUCAUCAAUAUCAAAUUGGAUGGCAAUGAUUUACCCAACGAUCUUCCUGAACACCUUGUGCCUCCUAGCAAGAGAGGUUUCCAAGCCUAAUGAGUUAAUCAUUCACUUCGUAAUGACAGUGUUAAGAUUUCAUUUGUUGAGUGAGGCUGGUGUGACUAUGAAGGUCAGAUUACAGCUCUUACAAGGCUACACCUGUUUGUUGAUGUGGUGUCUAGAGGGAAUGUUUGUGUAGAAAAAUGAAAUUUCAGAUUUGUCAUUUAUAUUCAUGUAUUCAUUAAUUGUGGGAGAGUAAAGUUAGCUCUAGUUUUAUAAUUUUUUUAAAAGGAGAAAUAGUUGGCAAGUUAGUAUUAAUGAAUGUUCUUUGCCCUUGUCUGACACUAUUCAGUCACUGGCUUAGAUUUUUAUAUGACAAAUUAAAGUAUUUAGAACAGUUUCUUAUUUUAAAAUGUUUAUCUACAUUAAAGAUUUUCUCAGUCCUUCAUAAAAGGACAAUGCUGGAUGUGUGUGUGUGUAACAACAGUUUGACAUUGUAGAAGGAGUAAGUGUCUUUAAUUGCCACAUAUGGGUAUUAUAUUCCUGACAGAAUGUGAUGUUGCAAAUUGCUGUUUUGUUACUCUACUCUUUUUUGAUUGAGAUGCAAAAGUCAGGUACCCAGUGGUUUUAAAAAGGUUAAUACAGUACAGUACUAAUAUAUUUUUUGAGAUGUUCAGUAUUCACCAACAAAGAAAACAUAAGAUCUAGUCGAUUAUCUACUCACAUUUUUAAAGGCUUUAUACCUCGAGAUAUUCACACAAGUGCAGUAUUUCAGUAAUGGUUUUUGCUAAGUUCUUAUUAGUUUCAAUGAUUCUACUUGUUAAUAUACCAUAUAGAUAGAAUGUUUUCAUGCAAAAGUAUUCUUUUAAACACUGCAUUCAGCAUUUUUACAAAUGGCUCCAGGAGAACUUAGCAAGAGCUGUUGGUAAAUAGUGCCUGUAGCAUAUAGCCAUCAGUAGGCUGAUGUUCACGCAAGUGCCGGAACUUUUUUCCUAUAAGCUAUUCUGUAAAAAAUUUCAUAAGCAACCCAUGAUUGUAUAUUAUUGUUAUGAUUUUUACUUUGGUAAAUUCAAAUUUGAUUUGCAAAGCUUUGAUAAGGUGCUAUAUUACAUGCAAAGCUUGACUAGGCUUGCUACAAUAUAUUGCCACACUUCAAUAUCACGAGAAUAUGACAUUCCAUCAUUUUUUGAUAGUUUGUCAGUCUCUACACUGGACCAUGUUGUAAUUUUGGUUAGCACUACAGUGGCUAAUUCUGUUGUCACUAGCUGGGUAAAUGUUCAAAUUUAAAAAAGAAAACAGAUCCCCCCCUUAAUUACUCAAAUAAUUUAUGAAUACAGGUUGUUAAGAGCUCCUACUUCUGAAAAAAAAAAAUUGUGUAGCUCAAAAAUUUUACAGAUUUACUUAUUUAUGUUCACAGAUGCCAGGUUUCAGGAGAGUAAAUUUUUUUUUUUUAGGUUACAUGUUUUGCAAUUAGUAUUCAGAUGGCAUUCUGUAAUGAUGAUGGCAGAAGUAAGAAGGUGGAGUCGUGGCAUCAGUGAAGCAGAUGAAAAUGUGGAUGCUCCGCCAGUUUUGUUAUGGGCAGGACUGGAAAAUUUUGUUUGUUUUCCUUGAAGUUCUGCUGUGUUAUGCUCAAGAAGUUUUAUAAGUUUAGGUCAAUUUGAUACGAAACUCCACCUUCAUUAUUUCUUCACAGGCCUCAGAGCUACUAUUGUGUCAGUGUUAAAGAGUUUAUUUUAAAAAAUGUAAAUUUAUUGUAAAUAACCAUAAUGUUAUAUAUUCUCAGUUUUUACACAGCAAAUUAUUAUUGGAAGUAUCAGUCCCUAAUGUUGCCAACUCUUUCAGGAAACCAAAGAAUUAAUUCCUUAUAUGCCUGUAAAAACUGGUACAUUCAGAAUAUUUUAUUGUUUAUUUGUGUUAACCAGCUAAAGGAAAAAAAUAUAACUAAGUAUAUUACUUUAUACAUAAAUUAUGCAAAUAUCA